CUGCAGAAGCCGGAUCCAUCCCACAUAAGCCGUAAAGCCCACCAGCCAAACCAAGAACCAUAUUUCAAAAAGCGCGCCAAAGAGGGUUGCUAGGGUUCUUUCUUGUUCUUCCAGAGAGAGAAAAUCCCACCAUGGCGAUCGAGUGUCUCGUCCUCGGCGCUGGGCAAGAGGUCGGGAAGAGCUGCGUGGUAGUGUCGAUGAACGGGAAGCGGAUAAUGUUCGACUGCGGGAUGGACAUGGCCUAUCACGACCACCGCCGCCACCCAGAUUUCUCUCGCCUCUCCCGGUCCGGCGAUUUCGACACCGCCCUCACUUGCAUUGUCAUCACCCACUUCCAUUUGGACCACAUUGGUGCUCUUCCUUACUUCACGGAAGUCUGUGGGUAUCGGGGGCCGAUAUACAUGACGUAUCCAACAAAGGCAUUAGCUCCUGCUAUGUUGGAGGAUUAUCGAAAAGUUAUGGUUGAGCGAAGAGGUGAAGAGGAACAAUUUACCUCGGAGCAUAUUGUGGAAUGCAUGAAAAAAGUUAUAGCAGUGGAUUUGAAGCAAACUGUUCAGGUUGAUAAAGAUCUUCAGAUUCGUGCGUACUAUGCAGGACAUGUUCUUGGAGCAGCAAUGUUUUAUGCAAAGGUGGGAGAUAUGGGUAUAGUGUACACAGGAGACUAUAAUAUGACACCGGAUAGGCAUCUUGGAGCCGCUCAAAUUGAUCGACUACAGCUGGACCUUCUUAUAACAGAGUCCACAUAUGCAACAACUAUACGUGACUCAAAAUACAGUAGGGAGAGAGAAUUUCUUAAAGCUGUUCAUAAUUGUGUUGCGGGCGGAGGGAAGGUGCUGAUUCCGACAUUUGCACUUGGAAGAGCUCAGGUCUAACCAUGCAAGCCAAUACAUAUUAUCAAAUGCUUAUCAGUUGGACCAGCCAGAAGGUCAAAGAGACAUACUCCACACGUAAUGCAUUUGAUUUUAAGCAUGUUCUCAAUUUUGACCGUUCUAUGAUAGCUGCUCCUGGACCUUGUGUUCUUUUUGCUACACCUGGUUGGAUCAGUGGCGGUUUUUCUCUUGAGGUUUUUAAGCAGUGGUCUCCAUCUGAAAUGAAUCUUGUGACAUUGCCAGGGUAUUGUGCAGCUGGAACUAUAGGACAUAAAUUGAUGUCAGGUAAACCCACCAAAAUUGAUCUGGACAAGGAUACCCAACUCGAUGUGCGAUGCCAGAUUCACCAGCUGUCUUUCAGUCCUCAUACAGAUGCCAAAGGGAUUAUGGAUCUUAUCAAAUUUCUGUCCCCAAAGCAUGUGAUACUUGUACAUGGAGAGAGACCUAAAAUGGCUACUCUUAAAGGAAGAAUAUAUUCUGAAUUGGGAAUUCAAUGUGAUGACCCUGCAAACAAUGAGACAGUUUGCAUUCCUUCCACUCAUUAUGUGAAAGCAGGAGCCUCAAACACUUUUAUUCGAAGUAGCUUGAAUCCAAACUACAAGUUUUUGAAAUGCAGUUCAGAAGGUGAAUCUGAUUCAUGCUUAAAAGAUAGAAAGUUCAUGCCACGGCUGCAGGUAACUGAUGAAAGGACAGUUGAAGGGAUCUUGGUUGAGGAAAAGAGUAAAAAAGCAAAGGUUGUUCACCAAGAUGAGCUUCUUCUUAUGUUGGGAGAAGAGAAGCACGAGGUUCAGUUUGCUUACUGUUGCCCCAUAAAUUUUGGCAACUUAGAGGAGUCCAGAAGCAAAGAUCUUACUUCAUCAAAUAAUGUGCAUUGCUCUUGGCUUCGCAUGCUGUACAUAAAACUUUCAGAUGAACUUUCUGGAGGAAACGUCCAGGAUCUUGGGGAACAUAUUCAAGUAGAAUCUGUUCAUGUAUCCAUUUGUCAGAAGGACAGGUGCCCUUACAGAAUAAUUGAUAGUCCCCAAAAUAAAUCUGAAGCAGUGUUCUUUUGCUGCACUUGGUCAUUAGCAGAUGAGAAGCUUGCAUGGAAAAUAAUUUCGAUAUUGGAGAAUUUUAAUUUUGGAACUUAUCCUCUACCAAUGUCAUCGCAUUCCUCUUCCACCGCUGCUUCUGCGGCGGCGGCGGCGUCUGACACCAACGCGCCUCUCCUCCUUUCCCGCCAGGGAGACUCCGAGUCGUCUUCGCCCCGCCCCGCCACGCUGGCGCUCCUUCUGGGCCGUGCCACGGGGCGGCGCGGCCCAUCCAUUCUGGUCCGGGAGACUGCCGCCCGGCAGCUGGACGAGCGACGGGCCGACUGGGGCUACUCGAAGCCGGUGGUGGCCCUGGACAUGAUGUGGAACACGGCCUUCGUGGUGGUCUCGGUGGUGAUGCUGCUCUGCACGCUGAAUGAGCGGCCCAACACGCCCAUUCGACUCUGGAUCUGCGGCUACGCGCUGCAGUGCGCGGUGCACGUGGUGCUCGUCUGGAUUGAGUUCCGCCGGAGGAACGCGCGGAGGACGGCUAGGGGUAGGUCUCAGGCGGUGGACGAAGAAGCCCACAUUAGCGAGGACGACGACGAAGAGGACAGGGACUCGGGGAGUCCCGGCCGCUCCAGUGUCACUAAACGCUGUGAAUCGGUGAAUACAAUGGCAUCAUUUCUCUGGUGGAUAGUUGGCUUUUAUUGGGUUGUCUCUGGUGGCAAUAUCCUUCUGCAAGCUGCUCCGCGUUUGUACUGGUUGGCUGUGGUUUUCCUGGCAUUUGAUGUCUUCUUUGCCAUCUUUUGUGUUGUUUUGGCAUGUUUGAUUGGGAUCGCUCUCUGUUGCUGCUUGCCAUGCAUUAUUGCAAUUCUUUAUGCCGUUGCAGGACAGGAAGGAGCAUCAGAAGCAGAUCUCAAUAUCCUUCCAAAAUAUAGAUUUCAAAUAUUGAGCAAUGAUGAAAAGCCUAGUGGGGGUGCAGGGUCGAUGGUUCCUGUAGAAACGAGCAGUGGAUACUUGGCAAAUGAACGUACACUUCUACCUGAGGAUGCGGAAUGUUGUAUAUGUCUCAGCCCAUAUGAGGAUGGAGCAGAGCUCCAUGCUCUUCCCUGCAACCAUCAUUUCCAUUGUACAUGCAUUGUGAAAUGGCUCAAGAUGAACGCAACAUGUCCGCUCUGCAAGUACAACAUUCUCAAGGGAAGUGAACAGGUAUAAAGGAAAGAUUGGAACCCCCAAUGUCUGGGGUCAUCAACCCACAAUUUGUUUGUAUGUUUGUACAGAAAAGUGAGGCAGAGAUGGGAAAGCUUCUCCAAAAUUUAUAGACAGUAAGUUAUAGCAAGUUGUCAAUUGAGCCUCAUUUUGUCUGUUUUCGGCCAUUUGGAGUUGCCUUUAUUCUUCUUGUCUCUGUAUGAGUUGUUUCUUAUGCUUGCACAAAAAUGGAGCAAUUGAUGUGCAGGUUUUACAUGGUUGCUUAACUUUCUCGGUUUUCUGGUUUUAUAGUAGAAAGAAAAUUGAUUGCUUCA